ACAGGAAAUCCGCUCAGCUUCGGCAAUGGGACCUGCUGAAGCUCGGGCACUUCUUCGGUCUGGAUGUUGAUGGAGGGACAAAGGGGCACCUGGGCCAUGGGCGACGUGGUAGAAAAGAGUUUGGAAGGGCCCCUGGUACCUUCUACAGAUGAGCCAUCUCAGAAAAGGGGAGACCUGGUAGAAAUCUUAAAUGGAGAUAAAGUAAAAUUUGACGACACAGGACUGUCAUUAAUUCUGCAGAAUGGCCUGGAGACCCUCCGAGGGGAAAAUGCUCUGACAGAUGUCAUCUUGUGUGUGGACAUUCAGGAAUUUUCCUGUCACCGCGUGGUGCUCGCGGCAGCCAGCAACUAUUUCAGGGCCAUGUUCUGCAAUGAUUUAAAGGAAAAGUAUGAGAAGAGAAUCAUUAUCAAAGGGGUCGAUGCUGAGACCAUGCACACUCUUCUGGACUACACGUACACCAGCAAGGCACUGAUCACCAAGCAGAACGUCCAGCGGGUCCUGGAAGCUGCUAACCUCUUCCAGUUCCUGCGGAUGGUGGAUGCCUGUGCCAGCUUCCUAACAGAAGCCUUGAAUCCAGAAAACUGUGUUGGAAUUCUGAGGCUGGCAGACACACACUCCUUGGACAGCCUAAAGAAGCAGGUUCAGAGUUACAUUAUCCAAAACUUUGUGCAGAUUCUGAACUCUGAGGAGUUCCUUGACCUUCCUGUGGACACUUUGUACCACAUCUUGAAGAGUGAUGACCUGUAUGUGACAGAGGAGGCUCAGGUGUUUGAGACUGUGAUGAGCUGGGUCCGGCACAAACAGUCGGAGCGGCUCUGUUUGCUCGCCUAUGUCCUGGAGAACGUGCGCUUGCCACUUCUGGACCAGUGGUACUUUGUGGAGACGGUGGAAGCAGAUCCUCUUAUCAGGCGGUGCCCAGAGGUAUUCCCGCUGCUCCAGGAAGCCAGGAUGUACCACCUUUCUGGCAAUGAGAUCAUUUCAGAGCGCACCAAGCCCAGGAUGCAUGAGUUCCAGUCUGAGGUGUUCAUGAUCAUUGGCGGCUGCACAAAGGAUGAACGGUUUGUGGCGGAGGUAACCUGCCUGGAUCCCCUGAGGCGCAGCCGCCUGGAGGUGGCCAAGCUCCCAAUGACGGAGCAUGAGCUGGAGAGUGAGAAUAAGAAGUGGGUGGAAUUUGCAUGUGUGACAUUAAAAAAUGAAGUCUACAUCUCAGGUGGCAAAGAAACACAGCACGAUGUUUGGAAAUAUAAUUCGUCAAUCAACAAAUGGAUACAAAUUGAGUAUUUGAACAUAGGCCGCUGGAGACAUAAAAUGGUGGUGUUGGGUGGCAAGGUCUAUGUGAUUGGAGGGUUCGAUGGCUUGCAGAGGAUCAACAAUGUAGAGACCUACGACCCCUUCCACAACUGCUGGUCAGAGGCUGCGCCCCUCCUUCUCCACGUCAGUUCCUUCGCAGCCACCAGCCAUAAGAAGAAGCUCUAUGUGAUUGGGGGAGGGCCCAAUGGGAAACUGGCCACAGACAAGACUCAGUGUUAUGACCCCUCAACCAAUAAGUGGAAUUUAAAGUCGGCCAUGCCAGUGGAGGCUAAAUGCAUCAAUGCAGUGAGUUUCCGGGAUCGCAUCUAUGUUGUUGGAGGGGCCAUGCGAGCGCUCUACGCCUACAGUCCUCUGGAGGACAGCUGGUGCCUGGUGACCCAGCUUAGCCACGAGAGGGCCAGCUGCGGCAUCGCGCCCUGCAAUAACCGCCUCUACAUCACCGGCGGGCGGGACGAGAAGAAUGAGGUCAUCGCCACCGUGCUGUGCUGGGAUCCGGAGGCCCAGAAGCUGACUGAGGAGUGCGUCCUGCCCCGGGGGGUGUCCCACCACGGCAGUGUCACCAUCAGGAAGUCGUACACCCACAUCCGGAGGAUAGUGCCCGGAGCAGUGUCCGUCUGACUGCGCGAGGGCGCCAGGGGAGCUGCCUGGAGGCUCGCGGGGAGCUGGACCGCCUGCCCGCUCCCCUGUCGCCCACGUCCAUCCCACUGCAGACAGCAGGCUGGGCUGGAGUUACAAGCUGCACACCAGGGGCUCCCCGUGGCUCCCCGUGGGGGCUCCUUGGAAGGCACAGCUUUGGGACACUUGAGAGCAGCCAGGGAUGUUUGCAGUGACCUACCUCAGGAGGGAAGAAGAAUAAUAUUUAACAUUCAGGACACGUCUGUCCCAUGCCAGGUUCUGUGCCAGGCAUUGUGUAUCAAUUACUUUAAUCAUCCUACUGACCUGGUGACUGGAUAUUCUCACUCCUGUUUUGCAGGUGAGGAAACAGUUUCAGAGAGGCUAAGUGAUUUUACUGCAGGUCACUUGGACUGCAAGUGACUAAGCCAGGAGUCUAAACACAGGUCUUUCCAUUUCAAAGUCAGGGCUUUUUUCUGUCAUGGUGUCUGUCUCAGAGCAGGAAAACAAAUGGAACUGGCUCAUUUUUUGUUCUGACAAGCUUGCUAAAGGACUCCCUCAGAGAAUAUUUAUUCUUUAUAAAUAAUCACAUGGAACCCUUGGUGUUGUAAUCUUGGGCUCCUUGUCAAGAGUGUCUUGUAGUUUCUUCCAUCUGACGGCUCUGGGAGAUGGGUCUGGGAGCACCUGUUUGCUGUGGAAGAGAUAAAAGACUUAUGUCCACCCCCCUCAAAAGCUUCUAUUUUUUAUGAUUAGAAGAGGCUCAUUUUGCACUAGGACUGUCAUUGCCAGACCUACAGCACAGGCCAGGCCUCUUGAAGCCCAAGAGUUGUAUUGCAAAAUUGAAAAGGUUUUCCAGUGAUUGAGAAUACUAUUUUAAAAAUAUGAACAUCCAUGUACUACUGGCCACCAUGGGAAAGACUGAUUCUUCUUGACAGAAUACUUUAUACUUUCUAGACAAUGACUUGGUCCCAUGUUCCUGAGACCCCCACUUCCUGGAGCCUUAGAUUUAAAUCCUUCUAUUUGGUUUUUGGAUCAGCUUGGCUCAAUGUGGACUCAAAGAACAAAGUCUGCCCUUCACUCCAGGAGAUAGAGCUUUCAAAUGAGCUCACUGGAAAUUCAUUUAAUCCCCAAGGUGGGAAAAGAGAUUAAGAGAUUCUGUUGCAUAUGCUGUACUCAGAAAGCAACCCCAAUGGGAACAACAUAGUGACUUCAUUACCUGUGUGUUUGAUUUGCAGCAUAUGACCUUAAAUCUCUUUAUACAGUUUUAUUUCUUGGUAGAUGUGACAUACUGUGCUUGUACUUUGCAGCAUUUUGGGGGCUUAGAUGUAGUAGAGUUGAUAAUGAAUUUAAUUUUCAUAGAAAAGUUUUGGUUAGAAGAUGGUUAAGUUCAAAGAAGAUUGAAAAAAAAAAGACAUGGAAAGUUACAAGUGAGAUUUCUACUUAUGCUUAUAUCAUUGAAGAUAAGUAGAAAUGCAUGUUGGCCUGUGCAAAGCUCUGUGUCUUAGGGGCAGGUGUGACAGUUCAGCUCCCUGCUAGGAAAGGUAAGAUGGGAAAAUACAAACAUGCUUGUGGAAAUUUAGAACACAUGCAUCACUUACUCUGAGCACUAAAAACCUUAAUGAAGCCCUCAAUUGAAACAAUUUAAUGUAGUUCAAUUCAGAAAACAUUCAAGGGGUUCUUUGUGUCUGUCAAGCCUUGGGGGCACCUAUGAGUAAGACAAAUCCACACCCUAGAAACACUCAGUAAAUAGGUAAAUAGGCCACUUGUCAAUAUUAUAAUUUUUCCUGUCAUCAAGUUGGAGAAAAAUGAGAUGCAUAUGAAGUUAUGAGCUGGAAUCCAUGUCUUUAUUGCCCUUCCAAGUGAUAACCUUGGGAAACUGUGCUCUUAGGUCAGUGACAUGGCUAUUACCUACCUGUUUGUCUCUUUUUGAGAUCACCUUCAGAAACCAUUUAUAAACAGAGGAGAAAUCAGUCAAUUCCAAAGAUGAUCUCAGGGAAGCAUCUCCAAAGAGGAAAGUCAGUAACACCACCAUUGGCACACACAGAGAGGCUCCGCUCAGGAAGAGUUCCCUUGCUGGUGGUCCUUGGAUGAGAGCAGUUAGCAGAUUGCAGGCCCAUCAGCAGGGCCACCCAGCACUGGGAAAGUGAGCAUUUAGGAUCCCUGUGAUAUAAACCUGGUUCUGCACACAGGAUCUAAGUUUCAGGCUAGUUAAGAAUACCUAAAUGGGAAAGAUUCAAGGUGAUUUUUGUACCACUGGAUAUGCAGGAGAAUUGUGGUAAAAUCUUGGGUUCCUGGCCCUAAAGAAAUAGGGAUUCUCAAUAAUGGCAUUCAUUAGCAGACAGAUACUUCAAUUAAGAAUAUCUAGAGCUCUGUACUUGAAGCUGCCAGUCUGUAGCUUUUAGGGAAAAAAUGUUCAUGUAGUCUGGGGAAAACUUUAUAAGUAUGUAAUAGGAUUUAAGCUUCUAGGACUAGCCAGAGUUAGAAGCUCUUAAAAAUUUAUUUCCAUUCACAGAUAAAGAAUCAAAACUCUAGUUUGCAGGAAAUUAAUUGUCAUAACCCAUAGCAUCAGUAGGGGGAUGAGACUGAUUGGUGUCCAGUUAACCAAAGACAAAGGGCUCUAGGACAGAGGCUGGGCAUGUGGGAUGUCCUGGCACAGCAGACUGGAUCUUGAGGCAGGCCUUGUGGGUGCUCAGAGCACCCCUGCCCCAGAGGGAGAGGAGGACACGUUUAAGGACAGGUCUAGAAAAUGUCAGGGGCCCUGGAAUUGUGAGCAUGACUCCAUCCUCAAGAAGGGUAAGGGGAGAAUAAGGAAUAAGGAUUCCAAGUAAGUGGGUUCCAGGAGGAACCCUACUUCUUAGGCAUGAGGCACAAGUUAGAGCAGAACUAGCAGUCAGACCCUUGUGGGCCCUCCCAGCUGCUUUGCUGGGUCUCCCAUCUUCCUGGACCUAGAGAGAGUGAGGCCCCAAGGCUCUGGUGGGGUGAACCUGUUGGGGAGGUUAAGGGACCACAGUAGCCAAAGCUAAUAUGAAAUGGGCAGGGAGCUAACCUCACCCAAACAUCAACAGAUAAAUGUUCUCUUCCUAGCUUUCAUCAUAUUCUGCAAUCAGUGGCUUCAGAAACACAGACGUGCUCUCAGGGAAAUGCAAAUGUCAUUUGCUUAAAGAUAUGGAAGUAAAGCCUUGCUAUUUAUAAAAGUCCUUGAGGUACAGUUGUUAUUUACUUAUCAUACUUGAUUUUGAAGAAGAAAAAUACUCAGUAGUAUUUUGAAAGUGGGUUAACACCAGUAGAAUUUCUUAUGAAGUCCUAAUGUGGGGUUGCCAGUCAUUUUCCCCUUCAUAUCUUAUCUGUGUGUUGUAUUAGGCAGAGCUCAUAAUUUGGAGAGUCAAACUUCAUGGAAAUCCAGAAAUAUCUCAAAUAUGGCUACUGCAAAACCACUUAUGACAGGUCAGAUUUUCAUGUUAUUGGUAAAAAUAGUCCGCACUCAGUUAACCAAAUCCUUUAAGCAUUUUGGUUACAUGAUGUUGUAUUUUCUUAAGUGACUAAACUAAGGACUUUGUUUAUAGGUAAAUAUACAAAUAAAGUUUUUAUUUAUUCAA